AUGGCUUCACCAGGGGUAGAACCUCACCUCGGUGAGACACGCGAUUUGGAGAAGGUCAGUGACGCAUUUCAGGAGUCCAAAUCCUUCGUCCUUACCGAGGAACAAGCGUUUGCCAAAGCCAGGGCCAGUCCUAACGACGCGCUGCCCAUUCGUGUUACCUAUGCUUUGGAUGACCAUGAAAACCCUCGCAAUUGGUCUAAGUUUCGCAAGUGGUAUAUCACCAUUUUUGUUAGUUGCCUGAAUGUGUUCACGUGCUGGUGUGCAGGUAGUAUUUCGUCAGGCGCGAAAGCCAUCCAAGCCGAAUUUGGAGUGUCAUCGGAAAUUACGACAUUGGCCUUGUCGCUAUACGUGUUAGGUUUCGCCAUCGGUCCCGUUCUUCUCGCUCCGUUAUCCGAAUAUUUCGGUCGCCAGCCAGUGUACGUGGUGUCAUGGUUCCUCCUCUUUAUCUUCCAGCUCCCUUUGGCCCUAGCUCCCAACAUUGGGACUAUCUUGGUCUGCCGGUUCAUUGCGGGCUGCGCAGGCGGAGCCCCCUUGACAAACACAGGAGGUAGCAUCAGUGAUUUGUGGGAACGAAACCAGAGCGGUGGUCCGAUGGCGGUCUACGGUCUCAGUAGUACCUUUGGACCCCCGACAGCGCUGGUCAUGUCCGGUUACAUUGGCCUCAAUCUGGGAUGGCGAUGGAUCUUCUGGGUUCUGAUGGCUAUCUCGGGUGGAGUUUGGGUGCUCCUGGUUUUCACCAUCCCCGAGACUCGGCACACCACCAUCUUGCAGAAGAAGGUUCGUCGUAUGCGCAAGCAGAUGAAGAAAGAGAAUUUGAGAUCUGCUGAGUCUAUCGAUGAUGUUCACGCCAGCGACCGCAAAGGCUUGAAUCAGCUAUUCGCCAUCACUCUUACGCGCCCGUUCCGCUUCCUGUUCUCCGAACCUAUCACGACCUUCUCUGCUAUCUACAAUGGCUUUUUGUACGGCUUGGUCUAUCUUUUCAACGAGGCCUUCCCCUUGGUCUUUGGCGCUCCGUACGGUCAUCCUUUCAAUGGUGGUGAGCAGGGUCUGGCCUUUCUUGGUUUGGCCAUCGGUCCCGUUAUUGCAUUCUGCCUGUACCCCCUUCAGGAGCGAUAUUACCUUCGCCGCGUAGCAGAGAACGACAGCAAGGGUGUUCCCGAAGCACGGAUGUGGAUGGCCCGUGGCGGCGCCAUUCUUAUCCCGAUCAGUUUGUUCUGGUUCGGGUGGACCAGCUACAAAUCCGUCCAUUGGAUUGUGCCCAUCAUUGCGUCCAGUUUCUUCGGUGCUGGUAUCUAUAUUGUUAUUCUCAGCAUCCUGAACUAUGUCGUCGACAGCUACCAGACGUACUCUGCUUCCGCUCUUGCGGGUGUGAUUCUGGUUCGUAACAUUGUCGGUGCAGGGUUUCCAUUGUUCGCUACACAGAUGUAUGAGAAGCUGGAUUACGAAUGGGCCUCUAGUCUGUUGGGAUUCAUCUCCAUUUUGCUUGUUCCCAUUCCAUUCAUCUUUUUUUAUAAGGGCGAAGCCAUUCGCCUUCGCAGCCCGUGGGCACGUGAGCACUUCGAUCAGACCGACGAUUCCCCUCAUUGA